AUGCCGCUGUCCCACUUGUACCGGGACGGGGAAGGCCACAUGGACGACGACGACGACGAGAGGGAGAACUUUGAGAUCACUGACUGGGAUCUGCAGAAUGAGUUCAACCCCAACCGGCAGCGGCAUUGGCAGACCAAGGAAGAGGCCACCUACGGAGUGUGGGCAGAGCGAGACUCGGAUAAAGAGAGGCCCAGCUUCAGAGGCAAACGGGCCCGAGACUACUCUGCGCCAGUCAACUUCAUCAGUGCGGGCCUCAAGAAAGGGGUGGCAGAGGAGGUGGAGCUGGAAGAUUCUGACGAUGGAGAGAAACCUGUUAAGCAGGAAGAAUUUCCUAAGGAUUUCGGGCCGAAGAAGUUAAAAACGGGUGGCAAUUUAAAACCCAGCCAGAAAGGCUUUGCAGGAGGAACCAAGUCGUUCAUGGAUUUUGGCAGCUGGGAGAGACACACGAAAGGGAUAGGGCAGAAGCUCCUGCAGAAGAUGGGCUACGUCCCUGGGAGGGGCCUCGGCAAGAACGCGCAAGGUAUCAUUACGCCAAUCGAAGGCAAACAGAGAAAGGGAAGAGGUGCCGUGGGAGCGUAUGGCUCUGAGCGGACCACUCAGUCCCUGCAAGACUUCCCUGUGGUGGACUCGGAAGAGGAAGUGGAAGAGGAGUUUCAGAAGGAGCUGAGCCAGUGGAGGAAGGACCCCAGCGGGAGCAAGAAGAAGCCCAAGUACUCCUACAAGACGGUGGAGGAGCUGAAGGCCAAGGGCAGGACCAGCAAGAAGCUCACGGCUCCCCAGAAGGAGCUUUCGCAGGUCAAGGUCAUAGACAUGAUGGGCCGGGAGCAGAAGGUCUACUACAGCUACAGCCACAUCAGCCACAAGCACAACAUCCCCGACGAUGGGCUGCCGCCGCAGUCCCAGCAGCUGCCACUAUCCCGCAAGGAGGCCAAGGCCCCGGGCUUUGCGCUGCCGGAGCUGGAGCACAAGCUGCAGCUGCUCAUCGACCUCACGGAGCAGGAGAUCCAGAACGACCACCGGCAGCUGCAGUACGAGCGGGACAUGGUGGUGAACCUCUCGCACGAGCUGGAGAAGAUGUCGGAGGUGCUGGACCACGAGGAGCGGGCCACCUCCAACCUCAGCAAAGUCCUGGAGCUGGUGGAGGAGUGCGAGCGGCGCAUGCAGCCCGGCUGCAGCCACCCGCUCAUCCUGGAUGAGUGCGCCCGCAUCUUUGAAACCCUGCAGGACAAGUACUACGAGGAGUACGGCAUGUCCGACCGCGUGGACCUGCCUGUGGCCAUCGUCUACCCGCUCAUGAAGGAGUACUUCAAGGAGUGGGACCCCCUCAAAGACUGCACCUACGGCACCGAGAUCAUCUCCAAAUGGAAGAGACUCCUGGAGAACGACCAGCCCCUGUCGCACGGCGGCCAGGACCUCUCGGCAGACGCCUUUCACAGGCUGAUAUGGGAAGACUGGAUGCCUUUGGUUCGAAAUAGCGUCACCCAGUGGCAACCCCGGAACUGUGAGCCCAUGGUGGACUUCCUGGAUAGCUGGGUGCACAUGAUCCCCGUGUGGGUGCUGGACAACAUCCUGGACCAGCUCAUCUUCCCCAAGCAGCCAGCGUUGGGUGUGCUACUUAAGUGUAAGCUCACAGCACCAGCGGUCACCAACCUUUCGGAUCGUGGACCGCUGGUGGCAACCGCUAAGACCAUAUUCUUUACCUGUAAAACAGUAACGUGUAACAGCUACCUUAUUCUGUGUGUAUCGGACACCUCUCCUCACCCCCUGCCCUGUCUCCCAGGUGCCUACAUGCAGCCCGGAGCACGAGAAAACAUCGCCUACCUCACCCACAUGGAGCGGAGGAAGGACUUCCAGUACGAGGCCAUGCAGGAGCAACGGGAGGCCGAGAACAUGGCCCAGAGGGGCAUUGGCGUGGCCACCAGAUCCGUGCCCAUGAACUUUAAGGACCUCAUUGAGACCAAGGCCAAGGAGCACAAUAUCCUCUUCAUGCCUGUCAUCAGGAAGCGACAUGAAGGGAAGCAGCUCUAUACCUUUGGCCGCAUCGUCAUCUAUAUUGACCAGGGAGUGGUAUUUGUCCAGGGUGAGAAGACCUGGGUGCCCACCUCCCUGCAGAGCCUGAUCAACAUGGCCAAGUAGGCGGAGGCCCGGGGCAGCUGCACACAUUUCUGACUAAAUCUUUUGAACCAUCUUUGAAAGAGUCACUUCUUUAUUCAGUAGGUUCUCCCCACCAGCCAGGCCCCUGAGGAAUGCUGUGGAGUGUGAUAAGGGAUUUGAGGAA